AUGGCUGACAUUUACAGCUCUCAUUCUGAACAAUACUUACAUCAUGAUCCUGAUUCCUUAUCAAAUGAUCUUGAUUCUACUAAUUUGAAAUCCCCAAGAUCAGAUCAAUUAUCAGAGUCAACUUCAAAUUCAUUAGAUGUUGAUUCUAUAGAGUCUCCAAAUCAAUCAGUCCCUAUAUCAAGACCGUUAUCAAGAUCUUCUGCAACUUCAGGAUUGUCAGUAACCGCAACAAAAGAUGGGAUAGAAGGUAAAAGAAUUAAAAAAAAUGGUAUACCAGGUUAUCCAUUAAAUUUAAUCAAUAAAAUGUAUACAAAUUAUGCUAAACAACAUCAAUUAAACAUGGAGAAUGAAGUUACGGGUGCUUAUAAGACCAAUGAUGGAAGUCCAUUAGCAACAACACAAGGUGACACAGAAUCUGCAGAUGAUUUAUGGAGCGUACAAUCUAUAAAGAGUGCUACAAGUUUAAUUCCCCAGUAUGAUCCUUCGGAUAGAGAUUUCCAUUCAGAAAGGGGAUCCAUCUUAUCAAAUGAUCAAUAUCAUGAUGCUAGUGAUCAUGCUUCCAAAAACCUUGAUUUUUUCGAUUUUGAUCAAACAAGAGGUCAACAAGGAAAUGUACCUAAUCAAUACGGUGAUAUUCCACAAAUAUCGAUUGAAAAUGAGAAUUUACAGGAAAGGAGAUCAUAG